AUGUCGGCGGCGCCGGCGGUGAAGCGCGAGCUAGAGGCGGAGGGCGGCGCGCCCGCCAGCCCUGGCCGCAAGCGCCGCAAGCAGGCGGCGCCGGCGCGCGCGCACCCCGCGCCACCCGCGCUGCCCCUCGACCUGCACGCCAAGGUCGCCGACAUCUACAAGAGCGCCCUCGCGUUCGGGGACCUCACCCUCCCCGCCUUCGACCCGCUCGCCGCCUUCCGACUGCUACCGCGCCAUGAUCCUCCACGGAUAUUCAACCCUGAGGCUUACUGUGAUCUCUGCUGCAAGGAAUUUUGCAACAAAUAUUUUCUGAAGACGCACCGCGCUAACAAGCACGGCAUUUAUGACGGCGAAGCCCAGCCCAUGCCGCAGCCGUCACCUCCUCGGCGCGCUUCCGACGAGGAGUCGGGUGGUACUCCACGACGCCUUUCGCCCGACUCGGCGAGACGUGCACGUGAUUCCGGUUUCCAGCCUGAUGUAUUAAGACGCUUAGGCGUUAUAAAUCCCGAGGCCUUCUGCGAGAUUUGCUGUAAGGAGUACUGCAAUAAGUAUUUUCUGCGUACACACCGCGAGCGGCGCCACGGUGUACCGGUACAACGCUCGCCAACCGCUACACCCCCCGCCUUGCCUAUGCCGCAACCGUCCGCGCCCCUAACUCCUUCUAUUCAUACACCGCCUUCUUUACCACAACCGCCGCAUAUCUCGCCAUCACCUUACGACGCCGACAUGCCCACGGAGGUGAAGCGCGAGUGUGAAGACGACUUAGAAGCUGCUUUGCGCGACGGCCAGACGAGUCCUCUCAACCUCAUUGUGGAAGAGCGCGGCGCGACGUCACCAGGAUCGGCAAGCGAGGAGUUGCGCAAGUUGCAAACAAUGAUCUCACAACUAAACGAGCUUGCGGCCGAACGCCUCGCCGAAGAACCGACAGAAGCAACACGACCCCCUUCUUCUUCACCACCGCCUCAAGACGAGCGGCGGGCUGCCGCUUCGGCUGCCGCCGGCUCAAGUUUCUGCGAGAUUUGCAACAAGGAGCUUUGUAAUAAAUACUUUAUGCGGACGCAUAUGCAGCGCAUGCACGGCAUUUCGCUCGAGAGCGGCACCCAACUUGGCGGUGUCACGUGUGAUAUAUGCCACAAGGAGCUCUGCAGCAAGUACUUCCUGCGAGUCCACAAGCACAACACGCACGGUAUCCCCGCACCACCGGCGCCUGCAAACGCUGCGCCGGCCGAACCGUGUCCUCUGUGCGCGAGACGAUUUCGUGGACCGCGAGCGUUGCGAGCGCAUUUGUUAGCUGAGCAUGCACCUCCGGCACGACCACCUCCCCCACCACCGCGGCCUCUAGAUUUACUAGUGCGGGAUAAGCCGUACGCUUGCUCCUACUGUCCCUUCACGACUGACGUGCUUGCGUUCCUGUUCGCGCACGAGCGCGCGCACAUGCACCGGCAAGAAGGUGGCGAGGAGGUGGAGGGUGAGGCGGAGGCGGAAUCAGAGAUGAGAGGGACAGAAGCUGAGGGUGAGGGCGAGGCUGAGGCGUACUCGUGCUCGCGCUGCGAGUUCCGCGCGGAAAGCUUCGAAGCGUUGGAGGGUCACGUGCGCGCGACACACGGAGGCGCGGGUGCACUACUCGCUGUCCCUCGGGCGCCACGGGCACCGCUGACUAUGCAGCCCUUCGUGCUGGAGGAGGCGGGCGGUGCCCUAAGCCUACUACCGGCGCUCGUGUUCCUGCCGGUGCGUCGACGCGCUACUCGUCGUGCCACCGUCACGCUCACGUUGACGCCCGCCUAG